GGUUGCUGGCCACACUUCCCGCGUCGUAAUCAGCUGGCUAUGAGACUGGCUAGGAAUUUUACGCACGUUAAUACGGAAAAAUGACGGAAGCCGCCAGUCAGCCAGUCACGUCCGGAGGUGCACCUGUUCGAGCCACUUCAGGGGAAUUGUAUAACGGGGUCGGCUCUCCCACCUGCGUGACCCACAUAUGACCCGAAACUCGAAGGACACUACCCGCCCGUGCGCGUCAAGUCUCGUGACCAAGGAAAUCCCUGAAAAGUUGGAACAGCGGCGGAGUACUGCAGUUUGUGAAGAGUUCUGAUUAUGAGUAUUCCCUGCUGAUGGUCGUUCUCAGCACCAGCGACUCAUCGCCAUGGUGUAAAAUCAGGCUUCAACAUCGCUCAUAUAUUACAUUCUGUGUGGUGCAAGCCAAAUGCAAUAUUAUCGAUUAUUAGCACACAAACUUUAAUUGGACCCAUCCACGUCGGCCCUGUGGCUCAGUGCAAUGGCCGCUCCUAUGAACUCGCUUACCAUGUUGGUGUCAGCAGUUGUCAUUCUGUCCUGCUUUCCCGUGAUAUCUUCAGGUUUGAAUUCUAACCCUCGUGAUGCUGAAGUUGAGGCUGAUGGCAACGCAUUCCUCCUCGAUGACCAAGAUGAUUUCACUUGGGACAACUUGUCAAACAACACCAACAAAAACAACACUGGUGUCAGCUCCACAGCAGUUGGUUUCAUUGGGGCAGCUGUGGCAGUUCUCUUCUUUGGCUCCAACCUCGUCCCCAUCAAGAAGGCAGACACUGGAGAUGGGAUGUUCUACCAGUGGCUAGACUGCAUCGCGAUAUGGCACGUGGGUCUGAUCGUUCAUCUCAUCCGGGGGUCUCCCCCCUUCUAUCCCCUGGCUAUGCUUGGAGGCUUCUUAUGGACCACGGGCAAUGUUACCGUCGUUCCAAUCAUCAAGACUAUUGGUCUCAGUCUGGGCAUUCUCAUCUGGGGCUCGUUGAAUCUCCUGAUGGGAUGGGCCAGUGGACAUUUUGGACUUUUUGGCAUAAAUAAAGACAAACUUCAAAAUCCAGCCUUCAACUAUGUUGGCGUUUCGUUAGCAUUUCUGAGGAUAGUCACCCUACUUUGUAUAAGGCCCACAGUUGCGGCCGAGCAAGCAGACGAGUCCAGACAGAUAAAUGAUUCCCCUGAUGAGUCGCAAGCCCUUGAAACAACGCCUCUUCUGGCUGAUACCAGGCAGAAGACAGACAGUGCUAAUGCCGCGUACGCCCCUGCAAACCAACCAAAGGAUGCAUCAUGGGUGGACAAGCUCCCACCCCUUCAGAAGAGAAUUGUAGGCAUCAUCAUGGCCAUAGGUGCUGGAUGUUUGUAUGGGUUUAACUUCGUGCCUUGCAUCUGGAUCCAGGACAAUGUGAAAGGUGCAAGCCAAAAUGGUUUGGACUACGUCUUUGCUCACUUCUGCGGUAUCAUCUUGACAUCGUCAGUGUACUUCAUGGUGUACUGCAUCUACAUGCGCAACCGGCCCCAGAUUGGUGUGGGUCUUAUCAUCCCCAGUGUGGUGUCGGGUGCCAUGUGGGGCAUCGCACAAUCCGGGUGGUUCAUCGCCAACUUCAACCUGUCAGAGAGCGUCAGUUUCCCCAUCAUCACUACGGGCCCUGGCAUCAUAGCAUCCCUGUGGGGAGUGCUUCUGUUUGGUGAGAUCCGGGGUGUCAGGAACCUCCUGGUGCUGUUCCUUGCCUUUGCCAUCACCAUCACUGGGGCCAUCUUCACCGCGCUGUCCAAGUAAUCAAUAGGUGCUGACCCAAGGUUAUGGCAGAGAUUCCUGCAUUUUACUUUUUCGUGGUUGGGUUGACAACAUGGGUGACAUUUUGGGUGACAGGUUUGAAUGGGUUGACACAUAACUGUCGCAUUUUCGAAAUGCUGCUUUAUGUAAUUCUAAGUCAGGGAAAGAAAUGUGCUAUAUUAGUGCAACCGCAAUAAUAAGGAAAAUAUAAAGUGUCGUCACUGACAACACCAGUGAUUCACUGUUUUUCACUAUUACCAAAAUGCAGAAUUCAGGGAAAUUAUUGUUUUGUAGUUCUUUGGAGGUCCACACCUUGUAGCAUAAUGGCUGAAUUGUACGUCUGCAAAAUUAAAAUUAAACAGCAGCGACAUGAACCAAAUAAAUAGAGAGAUUGUUGUUGAAACACCGGAUCUUUAGGUGACAACCAUCUUUGCAGCAUUUUCUGAGUUGUGUAAAAGAGGCUGAAUUUGUCAUUUGACAAAGACACACUAGACCAAUCUGACUGUGAGACCACUCUCAGCUUGUACAGCCCCCAGUAAUGGCUUCCAUCUAUUGUUCAGAAUAACUAGCCUUUUUAGUAGCUGAUCUGUGUACGACUCUACUGACAUUGGCCCAUGGCAGAUACCCUAAGUUGACUUUUACAUGUGAAGGUAGUAGUAUCUUCAAAAUUAUCAGUUGUUUUACUCCCAGCGCUGAUUAAAAUAAGGAGAAGGACUUCAGCCAAUUUUAUGGAGCCAUUAGCCAGAGAAACUUUCUGAAUACAGAAAUUAUCUACUUAGCAAAAAGGGUUACCAUGAAAAAUAUCAUGCGGCGAAUGUUGUUUGUGACUGGUUCCCAGCUGAUUUGUGUUUAGCACAUUUAGUUGCAAGGCUGUUUGCUACUUUAGAAGCUCCAUGCAAUUUGCCUCUUUUUGUGUCGAGCUUACCCUUUGACAAACAAUUGCAGCCCUGGUGCAGUCUGUUAAAUGUUUGCUUAAAGACUGGAAAAAUGAUUGCAGAAAAAACUCAACUGAAGUCUACCAUUUCCCGCCUCCCUCGCCAUAAAGCCACUGUAUGCUGUUGUCAUAUUAGUUUUGUUAAAAGUUUCGUCAGGUACGUUUUUUGAUUGAAUAAGUGUAUUGUUAUGGGGGUUGUAUUGAAUUGUUUGUUUAGUCUGAUUCCAAAGAAUUCCUAAUGUUGCAUUGGUGGAGUUUAGUGCAUAAUUAAAUCAAUGUGAAUUGCACUAAAUUAUCAAAAUUUGUCUAAAACUGGUACCUACAAAUAGUUUCUACUAUGAGCUCCACAGUAUGUAUUAUAAAUAUUUUCUUUUGAUUGGUAAUGUACAAUCUGUGUAAUAUUUGUAUGAUUCAUGUUUUCGUAUAUGUUUUCAUUGAAAGUGGUAUUUUUAUACUGUCUGAAGAAUUGAGACAAGUCUUUAUGUCAGUAUUCUUAAGUGCCUUUGAGAAUUUGGCAUAGUUUUUCAAAGUUUAGUACUAGACACAAAGACUGAGGAACAAGUGAGUCUUAAAUGAAAUUAUUCAUAACUUCUUUUCAUUGAGCUCCAGAAAUCAUUGAUCUUGAUAGAGUUAAGUAUACAUACUCUCAGGCAGCUCUCAGCCAAUUUUGCCAAGUCAUCUUGAUGAAAGAGUGGAUUUACAACCAAGUUAUCAAGAACAUUGUCAUUGUCAGUAUGUGCCACAUGCAAUUGGCUUGCUACUUGAUUUGCUCUCCUGUGGAAAAUUAGGAUUUCAGUCCUUGGCCAUUAGGGCAUAAAUAUGUGAUUCUCGAGCAAGAGUGAAAUGGUUGCCUGUCAUGCCAGUGUGCGUGUGUGAUUUUAUCAUCACCUGAUAGAAAAUUGAACAUAACUUUGCCGACUGCGUGCAUUUACGUUUGAGUCAGUCACAUACUGUCGCCGUUUUUCAUGGAGAGCCACAUGUCAGAAGUAGCAUUUUUUCAAUUUCGAUUACAUUCAAGUAAUCGGGUACCGUAGCAGCGGGUACCAUUUGUGAAACUGCGAUACCUGCUGCUACACCUGACUCAGACGGGCCAGCCGACCCUGGCAAGCUCAUUGGUCGAGUGGUUAAGGCGUCUGCACUAGU